AUGGCAGCGAAGAGACUCGAUUUAAUAAAGUUUUCUAUGGAUGGUUUUCAUGUAUUUCAUUUGAAUCAUACUGAACGUUGGCGACAUCCAGCUAACAUUUCUGACUUGUGGAUUUGCCUUCUGCUGUUAUUGUUCUCUCAUUUGCGAGAAUUGACUUUAGAAGACUCUGGAAUUAGAGACACAACCCCACUUUCCACCAUUGGAAUUGGUGGAUUGGAAUUUGUAUCAUUGUACAAGAAUGACAGUAUCCACUGGAAUAUUUUAGACCUGGAUUUUUUACAAUUUGCAAAUUUGACACAUUUAUACUUGAGUUUUUGCCAAAUCAAGAAUCAUAUUGAUAACUUCGUGUUUCCCGAUUUCCUAAACAUGUUGGAUUUGUCAAACAAUCGUAUAAUAUCUGUUGAAAAGGUGUUUUUUCUAAAGUGCCAUCUAAGUCUGUGCUUAAACUCUGAUUUGCUUACAAGUCCAUGUAACCCCGGGUUCCAAAAGACACUCCAAAAGCUCUGA